GACCGGUUCUGGACACUUGAGACUAAUCAUUUCUCAGGUACAAUAUGAUCUUAUAAAUGGCUUUGUAUAGCAUCGGAUAUUCACUUUUCCUGAACAAUUUCGCCGGAACUUCUGGGACUUUGUACCCCUUCGGAAAUAUACAGCCGUUCAAACUGAAGUGGAAGUGAAAAGCUUGAUUUGCUUGAAGAAAUUACUAUGAGAAUGAAGAGUCAACACGGCUCAGUCUCAAGCUGGAUUCAUACAAAAAUGGGAGUUGGUUAUACACAAAUGCAAGAUGUGCUACUUGUUUUGUUAACGUCAUCGCCAUGUUUAUGCCAGUGUUAUUACUGCAUUGAUAAUUAGGAUCACGAUUAUUUAAAGAAUGCAGUUUUCCUGUAAAUAAAACCACAACUCAUCAAUUAUCAAAAUACCAUGUCCAUAAGUAACGAAUCAAAUUCAAGAGAGCUCGCAAUGAAAACUGAAGAAGAUCUCAUAAGUAGAUCCAGUGGGGAAACUGACACUUAUACAAACGAACAGAUACCCAAUGAAACAAGUAUCAAUACUGAUAAUUCAGGUGAAGCAUUAGAACCAACAGUAUUUAGAAAACAGUCUGCUGAUUUGGAAAGAGGACGAGCAACAGGUACUGAGUUAUCAAGGGUAGAGUCAAGUCCAUUGGCAACAAGACAACUAUCUCGUGCGUUAAGUGGUAUUGAUGGAAGAUUUGGCUCAAGAACCGCAACAAGACUAUCAAAAGCACCUUCAAAUCAACAAAUACCACAAAUGGGUGGGAAUAAGCCAUUACCAAGAUAG